UUGUCUUCUGAUGGUGGCAGGGCUCCCCGGUAUCUUCAGAUCUUCUUCUUUCUGGAGGUGACCAUGUUGUCUUCUGAUUGUGGCAGUGCUCCCUGGUAUCUUCAGAUCUUCUUCUUUCUGGAGGUGACCAUUGUCUUCACCUCGUUGUCUUCUGAUUGUGGCAGGGCUCCCUGGUAUCUUCAGAUCUUCUUUCUGGAGGUGACCAUUGUCUUCACCUCGUUGUCUUCUGAUGGUGGCAGGGCUCCCUGGUAUCUUCAGAUCUUCUUUCUGGAAGUGACCAUUGUCUUCACCUCGUUGUCUUCUGAUUGUGGCAGGGCUCCCCAGUAUCUUCAGAUCUUCUUCUUUCUGGAGGUGACCAUUGUCUUCACCUCGUUGUCUUCUGAUUGUGGCAGGGCUCCCUGGUAUCUUCAGAUCUUCUUUCUGGAGGUGACCAUUGUCUUCACCUCGUUGUCUUCUGAUGGUGGCAGGGCUCCCUGGUAUCUUCAGAUCUUCUUUCUGGAAGUGACCAUUGUCUUCACCUCGUUGUCUUCUGAUUGUGGCAGGGCUCCCCAGUAUCUUCAGAUCUUCUUCUUUCUGGAGGUGACCAUUGUCUUCACCUCGUUGUCUUCUGAUUGUGGCAGGGCUCCCUGGUAUCUUCAGAUCUUCUUUCUGGAGGUGACCAUUGUCUUCACCUCGUUGUCUUCUGAUGGUGGCAGGGCUCCCUGGUAUCUUCAGAUCUUCUUUCUGGAAGUGACCAUUGUCUUCACCUCGUUGUCUUCUGAUUGUGGCAGGGCUCCCUGGUAUCUUCAGAUCUUCUUUCUGGAGGUGACCAUUGUCUUCACCUAGUCUUCUGAUUGUGGCAGGGCUCCCUGGUAUCUUCAGAUCUUCUUCUUCUUUCUGGAGGUGACCAUUGUCUUCACCUCGUUGUCUUCUGAUUGUGGCAGGGUUCCCUGGUAUCUUCAGAUCUUCUUCUUUCUGGAGGUGACCAUUGUCUUCACCUAGUCUUCUGAUUGUGGCAGGGCUCCCCGGUAUCUUCACAUCUUCACACUUUUUCAGUUCCUCAGGAUGAGGUGUUCAGGUCCUGAUUGUUGGGCUGUUUUUCCCCCUAUUAUUCUGUUGCACUUACAGGUAGAUAUUUGCUCUGUAGAAAUAUCAGUUGAUGUCGUAGCGCUGUUAUUCUGAACACUGUCUCGUAUGGUUCCCAGCCGGCCGCCCCUCCAUCCCCAGUGGGCAGCACAGGACAUGAUGCUUCCUGUAGGGGGCGUCCCGUAAUCCCUCAGUCACUAUAUGUUCAUUGUGGUCUGGCAGGUCCCAUGACUGGAUCCGGAAUAUUCCUCAUUCUUGUCCUCUG